CAACGCCAUGUUGCUUUUUUGCCUCGUCUGAUGCGGCCCAAUCCGUUGCGGCUGAAAAUGCCGGCGACCAUUUGCUCCGUUUCUGACACGCCAAGUCAUUGAUGUGUUUUUAUCGGCAUGGAUGAUCCCAACAGCUAGCCGGGGCUAAGGUGUUCGAGGUCGUGGAUAUAAUGCACGCCUUCUCCACGCCCUGCGAUUGUGUCCGUCUGCGUAAAGUGGACAUGCAUUUAUCGUACCUGCUUGAGAUCUUUGCAUCAUGAGAUUCCAUUGCCCACUCUUCAUUGCGGCAGCCUUCACUGGCGUGCUUGCAGACGACAUCAUCCUUUCCUAUGACAAGAAGCUCGAUGGGCUCGUCGAGUCCAACGAAGUUGUCACCACCAUGAUGGGCCAAGUUGACAGCUAUGCCAUCAUCAUGGCAAAGGACGAGGCUGAAAAGGGAGACGGAGCCGUAAAGGCACAGCGAUCUGUCGGCAUGUCCCCUCGCGCAGCUCUUGAUUUGCUGCGCGGCCGUGCUUACUCUUGCGACCCUGGCUACGGCUACUGCAACUACGCGGGCGGCUGCUGCCCAAGCGCAGACCGUUGCUGCUCGUACGGAUACUGUCUCCGUCCGGAACAAGCAUGCUGUCCCAAUGCUCCUUGCGGCGCGGGCAAAACAUGCUGCGGCACGCAAAACUGCAUGCCAAUUGGCGCUCAGUGCUGCCAAGAUGGAGGCUAUUGCCCAGCUGGAAACAGCUGCUACCUUAAGAACGGAGAUGUUGUCUGCUGCACAAACUCCCGUUGCACGGCCUACGUCUCCGCGAAUGGUGUCACGUCGACGGCCCCGAGCCGCACGUCUACGACGACAUACUACACCACCCGCACCCAGUAUUACUACUGGACGAUUACUUGGUACUACUACUACUAUUACUGGACGUAUAUUGCCGCGUCGACAGUUACCUCAUCUAGACGCACAACCUACACUACACUCAGUAUCUACACCACCGAUGCGUCAGCCGCGAGCCGCUACUUCAGCUCUGUGUCUAGCACAAUAUCGUUUAGCACUCCUGCAAGUGCCACCUCGCUUGCAUCACUCGCCGGCAAGACAGCAUCGCCUACCAGUGACUCUGGCAGCGACGGAAACCUUGGUGGCAGCAUCGGCGGCUCCAGCGGCGGCUCCAGUGGCGGCUCCAGUGGCGGCUCCAGUGGUGGUGGUGGCGCGGCCUCGUCUGCACCACGGGCCCUACUGACCUCGGCUGACCGUGGACUACUUUACGUUUUGCUGUUGGGAGCGAGUGUCGGUGUCAUCGCCAUUGCGCUGUAAGAAGCUCUUUGGUGUGUCCCGCAUAGAUCCUAUUGUGUAAUGAUGAGUUUCAAAGAUAGAAUGACAACCCUUAAUGGUGCCGUAAUGAAAGCUGCCCUUUGCCGUCUCUGGCCAAGUAAUCACAUCAAGUCUCCCUCGUUUCUUACAAUGUUAUAAAUGUUUCGUAUGUGCUGCUCUACUCUUGCUGGCUACUUUGCUUUACGACCUUUUUAAUCUUGACAAGCAAAGUUUUCAAGUCCCAACGUAUUAAUUUCUAUAUCUAAGAUUUUUGUAUUAUUUUAUUCAUGGUGCAACUUGAUUCUCUAUCAGAAAG